AUGGGCGUGGCCUUAACCGUGCGGAUGAAGAGCAUGGGCGGAACGAGGUACGUCUUGGAAGGAAGCAACGUGACACUCUGCUGUGAGUUUGACCUUGAAGGAGACGACCUAUACUCUCUUCUGUGGUGGCGAGACGGCUCGGUUCUCCUGCGGUACACUUCGCACGGCGAGGACGACCUCCGUAAUGAGACCAUGGCGCAGGUCGAGGUCGAGACUGAGGACAUGCUGGUACUCGACCCAAUCAGCAACGUUACAACUCGACCUCUCACUUGGUUCCCCAUCAAGGGCCUGAAAGCUACGCUGUUAACAAAGGCCACAAUGCAGAGAAAAAUAAGUUUCGUUUCCGAUAUGGGUGAAGCUGGACGCCCUCAGGAGCUCUUGCUGGCACAGGUCGACCACAAUUCUGCAGGAGUGUACACGUGCGAGGUCACCACAGAAGCCCCGCCCACUUUCCUGACUGCCAACACCUCCGUCACCGUCCAUGUUGUUGUGCCGCCCACGGGGUUGCCGGUUCUGCAUGGCACUUCUGGCGUCGUCACAGAGGGUCAGUGGGUAGCAGCUGAGUGCGAUUCCGCCCCCGCCCUUCCCACGCCCUCCUUGGCCUUCUUCAUCAACAAGACUCCUGUGGUGAAGGCGUUCAUGUCGGCCUCGACCGUCACGAGCACCAGCGACCACAAACGCGUCGUCUCCCGCAGCGUCGGCUUCCCCGCCCACCGCCGCCUCUUCCUCAAGGGCCACCUCCUCCUCGAGUGCCGCGUCACCAUCGAGAACCUAGUCUGGACGGCCAGCACCGACCUCCUCCUCGAAGGUUACGACCCGGCGGACGAUGUAGCUGGAGGUGGAACUCAAAGGCUUAAUUGGUGGUGCUUCCUUUUCGUCGGGAGCCUAUGCUGGAUGUCUUCAUAA